UUGGGCAGCUCGGACGCGUUCUCACUUGGCCCUCGGUCUUCUUAGCGCUGAUAUAGCGGCUCGGUCGAAUUUGGUCGCGGUCAGGUGUGGAUUAUUCUCCUGUUUCCCCCACCUCUGAGCAGCAGACAGCCCCAAGGCCCAAGUCAAAGUCUCGGCUUCCCCGCUCCCAGAAGAGGGGAGCCUCAAAAAAGCCUCGUCCGCCAUCGGAAGUGGGAAGGACGAGUGGGUGUGGGUAGGUGUUUUGGGUGGGUUGUGAGUGUACGCUUUAGUUGGCAUUCUUACGUGUGAUGUGGUACCGUUGCUGAACUUCAACCGUCGAAUAGGGGUACUUGUGCUCUAGCCAGGUGAAAGGUGGACCACUUCUUCUGGUUCUGGUGGAUAUGGAUUUUUGACGUUGGGUACAACUGACCUCUAUAGAGCUGCUAUUGGAGUGAAUGUCGGUAGUGGAAAAUGAACCCAAAGCCAACGAAUCGCAAUAACAAGCGAGGGAUUAAUUGGGUCGGAAAAUGAAUGUGAAUGUGUUCAAUGAUCCGUUAGAUCUGGAAUAAUUUCAUGGUUUGAAGAAUAUCGGCGAUUGCACGAAGAAGAGAGAAAAUCCUGAUCGAUUCGAAUUAAUGAUUGAAAGUUCUAUGCACACCAUCCAGUGGUUCGACGUAUGAAGAAGUGAUUAAGUGAGUGAUGGCGUAAAGGCUGCGCCGUGAGAAAUCGAAGAAAAGGGCGAAUCAUUAAAUUUGCAUCCUUCAGUGAGCUAGAGCUAGUCGGAUCGUUGGCAUCAUCAAUCAUCCGGGGGGCCUUCGGAUUCAACCAACGUCAGUCAAAAGUGGCUGUGGGAAGAAAAGGUACCUUCCGGCACAUAUUCGUACACCCGAGAGAGAUUUGGGAAUCAAUUUCCACGAUUUGUUUGAGUUUUUCCAGUGUGGGAUAGAAGAAUAGGAUAAAAAAGUUACAAGUCACACAAGCUGGGAGUCGACAAGUGAGGUGAUGAUCCCCGAAAAGUGUAUUCCAGUGUUGGGAUCCCCAUCAGUUUAAGUGAAAUCCCCCAUGGUGGUUUGUUGCUAGGAAGUGGUACUGCUGCUAUUGAUCUUGGGCUUAUUGCAGCCGACGAAGAAAUUGCCGAGUGUGAUGUUGCUGAUUGGAGCUUGUGGCGUUCUGGGAACGAGAAGAAGAAACUUCCUGCAAGUCAUCUUGGAUUGCUUGUGCUGAGAAAAAAACGGCAGGUCGUACCUAGGGAAAUACUUCUCAGAGUGAAAGUCGCUUUUUGCCGCCAGCAGCAUAAAAGCCGGAAGUGUAGCCGAGUAAGAGAGAGGAAGCGGAAAACGUCACAUCACCGUUGGCACCGGAACGAAAAUAACGAACGAAACAACCACUAAAUUUCCCCUGACCACAAUAAGUCAUCUAAAUCGCCCAGCAAUCAAAGCCUUCCUGCGCAACUAGCAAUGAAAACCGUUUGCCCGGGCUCUUGUCGGCACCGGCAGAAUCAAAUCCGUCAACGAAAAACCCGCUCUUCGCCCCCAAUAACAACACCGAUCGGCAAGAACGUCGACGCCAAAGCUCGAUGAAACCGCAACCAAUCCGUCGAACGAAAACGGGCGGAGGCAACGGCAACGAAUGCUUUCGGAGAGCGAGAAUCACAAAAAUGUCCCACUUCACCAACAAUGACCAUUAAUCGCACCGGAAAUGAUGUUCUGCGACAUCUUGCUUUGCGUCGUCCGGUAGAACCCGUCAUCGUCCGGCCAUCAGGACAUCACCGUCAUCAGCUCGCACUACUGCGGAAGCAAAAACACGUUCAACACGAACAGGUGCUGAAGUCGUCCACUGCUUCGUCCUCCCACGAGGUUGGUUCUAGAACGCCACGCAACGGCAACGGGUCGACCUUUCGGGUCGGAUUUCUGUUUUUGCUGGCGAUAGUUUUCCCACGGUCAGGACUGGCGCUUGGGGGCAAAAAUGACAAGGAAAGUUUCGUUAAAACAACCGAUGUCGAAGCAAUCGAAGACCACCAAGCCAUCCUGUACUGUCCACUUCUAGCGACGAAUCGCGAUAAAAUCAACAUGGUACUGUGGUUCCGAGACAACGCCGGCAUCCCGCUGUACAGCCUCGACGUCCGGGGGAAAUCGCUGGAUGACGCCCAGCACUGGUCAGCGCCACAAGUCUUCGGACCUCGAGCACGCUACGUUAUCGAAACCGAUCCAGCAUAUUUGGAAUUGAACGAAAUCAAACGUCAUGAUCAAGGCAUUUACCGGUGUCGGGUCGAUUUCCAGAACAGCCAAACCCAGAGCUUUCGCUUCAAUCUCACCGUCAUUAUUCCACCCGAGCCACCGGUGAUCCUGGAUCGAUGGGGACGCAUCAUAAAUAGUACAACAAUUGGACCAAAGGAGGAAGGAGAUGAUUUACUGCUCACGUGUCGAGUGGUUGGAGGACGACCACAGCCCGACGUGCUUUGGUUUAUCAACGAUAAUCUAGUGGAUAAUCAGAUCGAGCAAAACACCGGCAACGUCAUCGAGAACCGGCUGCUGUGGAAUUCGGUGCAGCGGCAUCACCUGCACUCGGUGUUCACCUGCAAGGCGACCAACACGAAGCUGGUGCCCCCGCUGGCCAGCCGGAUCGAGCUGGAUAUGUACCUAAAACCCCUCUCGGUGAAAAUCCUCAACUCGACCCAAUCGCUGGCCUCGAACAAGGACUACCGGAUCGUUUGUCAAUCGGCUGGUUCCCGACCGGAUGCGAACAUCACGUGGACGAAGGGAAACAAAAAGCUCAAACGGCACAAAAUGCACGUGCUCCGGAACAUGACCGUCUCGGUGCUGAUCCUGACCCCAACGGUGGAAGACGACGGCCGGAUGCUCGGAUGUCGGGCGGAGAAUCCACAGGUUCCCGGUCUAUUUCUGGAACAGUUUCAGAACAUUAGCGUACACUAUCCCCCGCAAGUAAACCUGGAGCUAGGCUCGACGCUUUCCAUCGACGACAUCAAAGAGGGAGACGAUAUCUACUUUGAAUGCAAGAUACGAUCGAAUCCUGCCUGGCGGCGGCUUGCCUGGUCACAUAAUGGAGUGCAACUACCUCAGAACUCUUCGACGAUGAAAAUCGUACGCACGGGCCAAAGUCUGGUGAUACAGAAAGUGAGCAGGAGCUCGAGCGGGUCUUACCAGUGCGGAGCCCUCAACACCGAAGGCGAGACCGUGAGCAACGAGAUCACACUCAGCAUCAAGUAUGCCCCUUUCUGCACCACCGACAAGAUCAUCAGCCUGGGCGUGUCGAUAGGCGAAACGGUGAUAGUUAGUUGUAAUAUAGUGGCGCACCCCAAUGCAAGCCGGUUCUACUGGCGGUUCGAAAACUCCGAAGAAGUGAUCGAAAUCGACCCGGACCGGUUCUCCAACAACGGCACUAGCAGCCAGCUGGAGUACACUCCCGAAUCGGAUCGGGACUACGGAACCCUUUCCUGUUGGGGAACAAAUGAAAUCGGAACGAUGGCCGAUCCCUGCAUAUUCCAGCUGAUAACCGCAGGCCUACCGACUUCGGUCAUCAACUGCGAAUGGUCCAACAGUAGCUCCAAGGUGGACGUUUACUGCCAUGCCGGGUACGAUGGUGGCUUACGGCAGAAGUUCGUGUUGGAGAUGAUGUCCAAUCGGAAUCCGGGGUUUGUCAUCAACUUGACCAAUUCCGAAGAGCCAACCUUCUCCGCGCCAUUCGUCUCGCUUAGGGAGCAACUGCCAAAUGUUCAUCAACCGGACUCGCUCAAGCUCAUCGUCUACGCAGUCAAUCAUAAGGGUCGAAGUCCGGGAGUCUUCAUCGCCGACCUGUUCAUUCCGGCCGUAGAGGAGCAAGAGCAAACCGAUGGCAAGAAAUCGACGCUGCUGACGCCGAUCUUGAUCGGACUGCUGCUUACCAUCGUGCUCAUCAUAGUCGUUAUAGUUGUAAGAAUUUAUCUGAAAUCGAAAAGACUUAAGCAAACUAUUGAUAAGGAAAAACGUUACACGGAGGAGUCCAAAAACACGCUGCUGUUGAUGGAUCAACCCAAGAAGGACAAAUCUCAAAAGGCUUCCAAAUGGAAAAGUAGCAUGGGUAAUAGUAUAAAAACUAGGAGUAAGAUCGAAACCAUUGACGACGAACAAGAUCCUGACCUGAUACCCUACCCUCGUUUAACCGACAUCCACCAGGAAGAGCUGAUCCCGAUGAACUCGGACAUUUCCUUCAAGCCCAAAACGGUAAGACUGCCACCGCCGGUAUCGAUCACGGCCACGUCCUCCUGCACGGCAACGACCACCAUCAUGAGCUUCAAGGACGAAGACAUCUCUGAAGCGGAAAUCAACCUGAAAGGAAUUGAAGACUUCCUGAUGACGAACCACGUGCCGGAGAGCUGUGUGUGAUAUCGAAAGACUCAUCUACCAGAACCAUCCCCAAUCGAACGAAGCAAUCUCUUAUUCAUCCAGACAGCUACGAGUACGAAACGAAAUUCAUCAAUCCAUUUGAAACAGAAAACCAUAGGAAGAACGAACCAAAUGAUCAUUUUUCUAUCGAAAGCCCGCAACCUUUUUGUGUUUAGCCAGUAAGUUUUGAAUGUGCUUCAGUGCUGUGGACGUUACAAAUAAGAAACCAAAAAUGAUUCCGAGAGUCAGCCUAGCAGGCGACCAAUGGAGUCCUUUUUCUUUCGCCAAUGGAAACAAGCGCAAAUCAAGACGUGUAAAAUAAGAAAAAUAAAGAAAGAAAA